AUGGGCGAUAUGAAUCACUUUGACCACUUUAAAAGUUUCAUUGGAGGUAAUGUGGUUGCCCUUGGAGCUGGAACACCUUAUCUUUAUUCAUUUUAUGCUCCUCAGCUACUGAGCAAAUGUCGCAUUCCCGUGUCUGCCUCAGGUAAGCUCUCCUUCUCUCUGACAAUAGGAAGCUCAUUAAUGGGCAUUUUAGCAGGAAUAGUUGUUGAUCGAAGCCCUAAACUAUCCUGUCUAAUUGGAUCUGUAUGUGUUUUCAUUGCGUAUUGGAUUUUGAAUUUGUGCUAUAAGCACGAAUGGUCUAGCACUUUUCUCAUAUCAUUCAGCUUAAUAUUGAUUGGUUAUGGUUCUGUUUCAGGAUUUUAUGCUUCUGUGAAAUGUGCAAAUACAAAUUUUCCUCAACAUAGAGGCACUGCUGGGGCGUUUCCUGUAUCACUGUAUGGUUUGUCAGGCAUGGUGUUUUCGUAUCUCUGUUCAAAGUUAUUCGGUGAAGACAUUGAACACGUAUUUGUGUUUUUAAUGGCUACUUGUGGAAGUAUGAUUUUAGUUGGCUAUUUCUCGCUAGAUAUAGUUUCUGAUAAUGAAGGUGAUGACGCUAGCAUUAAAGAGUGGGAACUUCAAAAAAGCAGGGAAGCAGAUGAUAUCAUAGUACCGUUAUAUGAUGAUAGUAGUGACUAUAUAGGCCCACUUGUACGUUCGUCAUCACCUGCCACCUAUGAAAAUUACGCAUUGUCAAACAAUUUUCAAGAAACCUCAGAUUUCUUUGGGCUUGGCGAUAGACAGUUAUCAAAUCGACCAUUGUUAUCACCUUCCUGCCCACGCGUUAAGUACAAUUUCGAAGGUGAGGUCACUAUUGAAAGCGCAAUGGAAGUAAAUAGUACACAGAAAAGUAUGAGAUCCCAUGUACUUCAAAGUUUGAAGUCCCCAACCUUCAUCUGUUAUUACGUGGUACUAGGCCUACUUCAAGGCGUCGGUUUAAUGUACAUAUACUCUGUGGGAUUUAUGAUACAAGCACAGGUGUCUUCUCCACCUUUAGAUCAGUUACCAAUCAAUGCGGAAAAGAUCCAAUCAUUACAAGUAACUCUUCUGUCCCUUCUUUCAUUUUGCGGUAGAUUAUCAUCCGGGCCUAUAUCCGAUUAUUUAGUCAAAAAAUUCAAAGCUCAAAGGCUAUGGAAUAUUGUGAUAGCGUCUCUACUAAUAUUUCUAGCCUCAAGUAAAAUAACCAAAGACUUCAGCAAUAUCGAAGAUCAUUCCUUAAGAGCUUCUAAGUCAUUCAAGAAUAUUUCUGUAUGUUCCGCUAUUUUCGGUUAUUCUUUUGGCGUUUUAUUUGGUACUUUUCCCUCAAUAGUAGCAGAUAAAUUUGGUACAAACGGGUAUAGCACGUUAUGGGGCGUUUUAACAACUGGCGGUCUAUUUUCAGUAAGUAUUUUUACUGGUAUAUUAGGUAGGGAUUUUAAAGCAAACACAGUUGAUGAUGAUAAAAGCUGUAAAAGAGGAGUUCUUUGCUACAGCUAUACUUUUACGGUUACAAAGUAUUGUGCUACUUUUACUGCCUUAUUCGUUUUUGUGAUAAUUGGUUAUACAUGCUAUCGAAGGAUGACAACUGUGAAUUCCAUGUAG